UAGAAUUGAAAGGCGACAUAAGUACAUAAAGAAGAUAAUCAACUUCAUCGCCUACAUUUUUGUAUUGCAAAUCUAAUUAAAUAAGUUCCAUUAAAAGCAGUUGUAUACGAAAAGUCAUUGAAAUGAUUAGAUAUAUAUAAUUGAAAAUAUUAAAUAAUUGCUUGAUUUGAUAAUGAUUUCAUAAAUCGAAUUAAUACGAAUAUAAAUAUUAAUGCAUUUAUAAAUAUCGAUUAAUAGCAUUACAGAGUGAUAAAAAUAAUUAAAUUAUAAAAUGAAGGGUAUUUUAAUCUUCGAUCAUUUGAAUGAUGUUCUUUUUAUGAAAUGUAAUAAAAAAUUUGCAAAUCAUAUACAAAAAUUAGCUAAAAUUCAAGGAUUGAUUUCUGAAAUCAAGGAUGAAAAUAAUUCAAUUUUAAAUCCAAAUAUCAUAAUGCAAUUAUUUUCACCUAUUGUUACAUCUCAACAUGUAAUGGCUUCUCAGUUUGGAAAUUCUUAUACUUCAAUGAGAUGUCAUGAUGGUACAAAUAUGGUAUUUGAUGAAUUUAUGGGAUAUACUUUCAUUUAUAUUUCCAUGGAUGAAGUAGAAUUAAUGAAAAGAACAUUAGGAGUAUAUGUAGCAAUCGUAAGGCAUGUUUGUGGACCAGAUGUUGCAGUAUUAAAGAUAAACAGACAAAAAGUCUGUUUAGUUUCUAAUUUAUUAGAUGCAUGGAUGCAUUUAAGAAAUUGCGAACAAAGUAUGCUUACAGAAGCAAUAGAACAGCUAUCAAUAAAUACAGAUUUAGGUGUAGCGAUACUAAAAGUAUUGCACGAUGCUUGUGAUAAAUUAAAAGCACAAUCUGAAUUUUCUAAUGUACACAUCUUGAUAUUAGUGGAACAAAAAUUUCUUUCAUUGUAUUCUAGUAAAAAUGCUCAUGAUUUAUAUGCUUCUGAUAUAUUGUUAAUGAUGCUUAUGUGUUGGGUAGUUAAUCAGAGAAGAAAAGGGGAUAAUCAAUCUGGAAUAAAUAGUAACAAUGAUGAUUGCAUUGACAUUCUUUUACCUGAAAACAAUUCCUCUAAAGAGGAACAAAUAACUUUUGGAACAAAGCUUGCAAAUCCUACUUCAGAAGAUAUUACAAAUUUAUUUAGAGGAUCAAGAGAAUCUUCCAUCAACGAAGGUCUUUAUUCAUUAAUGGAUGAUGAAUUAUAUAGUAAUUUAAUUUUACUUGGAACUGAGCAUGAUUAUACAGCUAAUGCAGUUCACAUUUUUGAAUUAGCAGAUGGUAUUAAUCUUAUAAUGAUAGUAGAAAUUACUAAUCUUGCUACAUCAUCAGGAUUAUACGAUAGUUUCCAUUAUUUAAAUAUUAUAAAUGGUUUGCAACUUCAAAGAGAUAUCGAUGAACUAAGACCAGCAUUUGAAAAUUUUGACUUAGCAAUGAAAAAAACAUUAGAUGGAAUUAAAAAAAAUAGAGCUAAUGUUAGUAAUGAUGUUGAUAUGUGUCAAAGAAGAUUACAGACAAAAUGGGAAUUCGUUCGAAAAAAAUACAUAGAUUUAUUAAAAUCCCGAGAUCCAGAAUCUAUUCUUCAAAUUGAAUCAAAUAUCUCUGGAUUUAUGGAUAAUUUGAAAGAAUUAUAUCGACUAACGUGUUUUGAUAAAAAUUUUUUAAAACAAGGUGUUGAUGUACUUACAACCGUAGGAAAACUCGUUCGACAAAAAUUAAAUGAUUUUAGCGAUUUCCUUAAAGUAAAAGCAUUGAAAAAUUUUACUCUUGGAUCGAGAACUUCCCUAACAAUCAACAAAUAUCUAGAAGAAUUUCCAGGCCUUGUGCAUUUUAUCUAUAUAGAUAGAAUCACUCAUAGAUUGACUGCUCCAACAUUAGAUUUCACAAAUCCUGAAACUCUUGCUCUUACAACAAAAAAGAUAUGGAAUAUGGUUAAACAAAGCAGAAUACACUUAGAAGAAGGACAUUUAUCAGUUAUGUGGAAAGAUACAACAUUUAAUUAUGCUUAUUUUUUAUGGUUUGAGGAUAGUUCUGGAUCACCAUUAAAAUAUAAAGUUUAUUUGAAUCAUAUAAUGAAAAAUUUUCCAGUACCAGGAAUAAUUUGUGGCGAUUAUUAUAGAAAACUAGCUGAGACAUGUUUUCCUAAACUAUCUGCCAAUAAAAUCAGAAUUUAUGAACUUUAUUGUGUUCAUCUUGGAUUGGCAACAUCUUCAUGUGUAUUAGAACAUUCAAGAAGACUUGCUGCAACAAUAUGGGAAGUUACAGGUGUUCCAAAUAAUCCGGCUGAUAUACUGUAAUAACAUUCCUUUAAAAUAUUUGUGUAAAAAUAAAAAAAUUGAAGUUCUUAUUGCGCGAAUAUCUUAUAAUAUAUUAUAAUAUUAAAAAAAAAAUUAUUUAUGAAAAUUUUAAUUAUUUACAAAUAUUUAUAUGUAAUAUGUUAAUAUGUUAUUUAUACAAAAUAAUGAUGCAAACCAUUGUAUUUAUUUUAUACAUUAAAUACUUAAAAAUGUAAUGGCACAACUUAAAAAAAAUGUACAAAAAAAAAUGUAUUUCCGAAUUUCAUAAUUAAUUUAAAAAUAUAAAGUAUGUAAAUAUAUUUGGAUAGAUUUGUUAUUAAAAUAGUACAAAAAAUAAUGUGAA